CCCGCCCGCAGCUACGCAGCACAGAACACAGAGAUCAGAGUCACACUUACUCAGCGGGAUUUUACAGAUAAAUAUAUAUGAAACAGUCUUAAUUUUAACAUCAGUGAUUGCGAAAACAAAGAACUGCGGCUAAAAGAAAAUACACAUCUAACUGGGAAUCAGAGCACUAUAUACAUCCGGAGAAAAAUGGAGGAUAUACAAAGUCUCCGGGACUGCAAACGGCGAGUCCUGUUUUGUUUUUUAAUGGUUACCGUCUGGGAGGCGGUUUCUGGGCAGACUCGCUAUUCGAUCCCAGAGGAAACGCACAAAGGCUCUUUCGUGGGGAAUAUAGCAAAGGAUUUGGGACUUGAACUAAAAGAGCUCUCAGACCGCGGUGUCCGCAUUGUUGCCAGAGGUAGGAGUCAGUAUUUUGCUUUGAAUUUUAAGAAUGGCCAUUUAUACACCACAGACAGAAUAGACAGAGAGGAGAUCUGUGGCCGAACAGAGAUAUGUUUGAUAACGUUUGAGGUUCUUCGUGAGGAUAAAGCGAAGCUUUUUCCAGUUGAAGUUGAAAUCACAGAUAUUAAUGACAAUGCUCCAGGCUUCCAAUCAGAUAAAUUAGAGUUAAAAAUCAGCGAGACAACAGCUGCGAGGACCCGGAUUUCCCUGCAGCAGUCGCAGGAUCCAGAUGUGGGAAUUAAUUCUAUCCAGAAAUAUCAACUGAGCAAUAAUACACAUUUUUCUCUGGAUGUGCAAACUAUAACCGAUUAUGUGAAAUAUGCCGAACUGGUGCUGGAAAAGUCUCUAGACCGGGAAGAACAGGCUGUUCAUGAUCUAAUCCUCACAGCCACUGAUGGGGGAGAUCCAGUCAGGUCCGGCACUGCGCAAAUCCGCAUUAUUGUUCUUGAUGCAAAUGACAACGCGCCAGUUUUCACUGAGGCUAUCUAUACAGCGAAGGUUUUGGAAAAUGUGCCGAAAGGUACCACGGUGGUAUCAGUAAAAGCCACUGAUUCGGAUGAAGGCGUCAAUAAAGAGUUAAAAUACUCAUUCAGAUCAAUCGUGGAGAAAGCUUCCCAAAUAUUCCAUUUGGAUUCUAGGACGGGAGAAGUAACAGUCGUGGGGAAUUUGGACUUUGAAGAAGCUGCGUUAUAUGAAAUCGAGGUGCAAGCCCAUGACGGGGGAGGCCUUUUCGACAGAUCCAAAAUUGUGAUCCUUGUUAGCGAUGUGAAUGAUAACGCUCCAGAAUUGACGAUCACGUCUCUCCUCAACUCGAUCCCUGAGGACUCUCCCCCCGGGACUGUGAUCGCCCUUUUAAAUGUGCAAGAUCUAGAUUCCGGAGAGAACGGGAAGGUCACGUGCUCCAUACCCAGCAACCUCCCCUUCCAGCUGAGGAAAUCGUUAAAUAAUUAUUACAGUUUGGUGACAGACAGAGCCCUGGACAGGGAGCAGGUGGCAGCGUACAACAUCACAGUGACCGCCACGGACAAUGGGACUCCUCCUCUUUCUACAGCCACCACGAUCCCACUCCGGAUUUUAGACACGAACGACAACGCCCCUUUCUUCGAUAAAACUUCCUACACCGCCUACGUCGCUGAGAAUAACCCGAGAGGAGCCUCCGUUUUCUCCCUGACGGCGCAUGACUACGACUUGGAGGACAACUCCCGAAUUACUUACUCCAUUACUGGAACUCAGAUCCAGGAAGCUCCGCUCUCCUCCUACAUCUCCAUUAACUCCGAGACUGGGGCUCUCUACGCUCUGCGCUCCUUCGAUUACGAGCAGUUCCGGGAGAUUCGGUUCCAAGUGCAGGCUCAGGAUGGGGGUUCCCCACCUCUCAGCAGUAAUGUCUCCGUCACUCUCUUUAUACUGGAUCAGAAUGACAACAGCCCGCACAUCUUACACCCCUCCUUUCCCACCGAUGGCUCCACGGGAGUGGAGUUGGCCCCCCGCUCCUCCGAGCCGGGUUACCUGGUCACUAAGGUGGUGGCGGUGGAUGCAGACUCCGGGCAGAACGCCUGGCUCUCCUACCAGCUGCUGAAGGCUACAGAGCCGGGCCUCUUCUCCGUGGGACUCCACGGCGGCGAGAUCAGGACGGCGCGCUACUUUCUCGACAAAGAUGCGCUCAAGCAAAGUCUGGUGGUUUUAGUGAAGGACAACGGGCAGCCCCCUCUCUCUGCCACGGCCACUGUCACGGUGGUGGUGGCUGACAGCAUCCCCGAAAUCCUCUCCGAUUUAAGCAGCCUCUCAGCUCCUGCAGACCCCCAGUCCAGCCUCACCUUGUAUUUGGUGAUCGCUGUGGCUUCCGUUUCCUGCUUGUUCUUUACCUUUAUCGUAGUGUUAGUGGCCCUGAGGCUCCGCCGGUGGAGAAACUCGCAGCUGUUUGACUCCUCGAGUGUGACUUUCAGUGGAGUUCCCGUCUCGCAGUUUGUGGGGCUCGAUGGAGUCAGAGCUUUUCUUCACUCCUACUCACAUGAGGUUUCUCUAACCACGGACUCCAGAAAAAGCCAAUUCAACUUUCCCAAAUCAAACUAUUCAAAUACUCUGAGUAGUGAGCAAACUUGUGAGAUAAAGGAUUCGAUUCUAGUUAUUGAGGAUGUAAGCAUUAAUAACGGGGAUCGGACCUCUGUUCAGGUGAGCUAA